AAGUAACAUUCUAAAAGAGGCCAUGUUGGAUUAGGUUACUUUCUGUUAUCUGUAUUGGGAGCUGCUAGAAUUAUAUUUUGAAAGCUGCCGUUUUCCUCGAUAGUGCGGCAGAAGUGAUUGUUGCGUGGCUGGGUCAUUGUUGGACUUCUGUAGAGGAAGCGGCGAACUUUCGAGAAAAAUCGUCAGAUCUCAGACCAUACGCUUGGCGCCGAUGACGCAGCCCCCGAUGUCCAGGUCGGCCGGAAUUAUCUGAGAUUUCGCCUUUCAUUGUAGAACAAAUUGAAAUCCAACAGCAGAAAUGGCCUCAUUACUCGAUAUUACUGUGAAGACUUUGGACUCUCAAAAUCACAAGUUUAACCUUGCUGAGGAUAAAACGGUCAAAGAUUUCAAAGAUGAGAUCGAGAAGGUUGUCAACAUUCCGGCCAACAGCCAAAGGCUCAUUUACUGUGGUCGAGUUUUGCAGGAUGAAAAGCAACUCAAGGAAUACAAUCUCGACAAAAAGGUGGUUCACCUUGUCCAGAGAGUGCCUCCAACACAGAGGCCGCACACAGCAGGGGCGAGCACCUCCACAAGGUCUUCGGCCACCAACAGCCCUCGUCGCAUCAACAUCAGCACUGCUCGAGGAUUUGAUUCAAAUACCUUGGACAUGAUCCAUUUAGCAGCUCACAACCGAAUUAGUCUUGUGAAUCACAUGCUGUCUCGAGCUGAGAACUGUGUUGCUCGUCUUGAGGACCCAACUGUAGCUCCAUAUCCGCCAGCAGACCACAUAAAUAUGAGUGCCCUGACUGCUGAAGGAGCAGAUGCAUUUGUGGGUCCUGAACUGGCUGGGACUUUGACAACAUCGAUUUCUGUGUCCGAUUCUCCAGAAGGCAAUAACCCCACAACUCUUGGUGGCGCCGUUUCAGCUGCUGUGGCCGGUGCGCUCUCGGCCAUUGUCUCUGCUGUAAACACUUCAAUGGGUGGCAACACCAACAUCACUGUUGGGGCACCAAACAUUACCGUCACCUCCAUGUCCUCUGAUGUGCCCAUGGACUCGCCGCCUCAUCCAACGUCAAGCGAAGAAGCACCAGUGCCACCUCCAGCAAGUGCCAGUAGCGAAAAUGCACCUGCUUCUGCUGGGGCCACUGCUGGUCAAGAGCAGCCUUCCAGUUCAUCAUCAACUUCAACAAGCUCUCCCAGCGCUCAGCAACGCCCAAGAAGAGGGUCACCAAUCAGUGCAAUGGCUGAUUCCAUUGAUCACAUGAACAGAAUCCAGGAUCGGCUCCGUCCAUUCUCAGAUGAAAUGAACAGAAUCAUGCGAGAAGAUCCAGCAGUUGCUUCUUUUGAGGGACAGAACAACACUCUUGAAGAUGUGCAGCGUCGAUUCUCAUUAGUGUCGGAGACAAUGCACUUCAUCAGCCAUGCAUACCACCACUUGUCGGACCUGAGUCUGGGCCUCACUCGCCCUCCGCCCCGCACUUUGGGCGUCCGCUCUCUUGUCCUGCAGCCAGCCUUUGUUCAGGGUGUUGGCAUUCCUGUGCAGGCGCAGAUCAACGUCGUCUCCGGCCACAUCAGCCCCCAGCAGGCGUCCCCAUCUCACGGAAGCACUUCGCCUCCCACAGCCAACCCUGCCUCCACUCCAGCUGCCACCGCCGAGCAACCUCCGCAAGCUGAUCAACCUGGACGUCCACAGAUGGUCCCUGAAUUCAUGGUGGGGCCAACAUUUGAGGCCCGUCGCAGUUCGUUCACUCUGCCCUCAGGAGGCAAUGUAGAGGUCGUGAUGGAAAUGACCCCUGGCAGUCUGACCUACGUGCCAGGCCAAUCUGGGGGAGGUGGCGGUGGCCAGCACAACCACUUCCAUCAUGUGCACGAAGCCUCGCCUGACCUGAUGAGGGCCAUCAUUAUGCACGCCAUGUCCCACCAGAUGGGUGGUGGCCAGGGAGGUCAAAGCGGUCAGCCCGCAAGCGCCCCCACUUCAAACAGCUCUGCGUCUCCUUCGGCCGCAGCUGCUGCGGGGGCCGGCGCUGCCCCUUCCUCUGGAGGCGCCACUGGCCAGAACAGCCAAGCCAGAGGCACUACCACCACCAACCCUACCACAUCUACACAGACAAGGUCCACACCAAGGCCCCAUGUGCACUUGGCCCCAGUGAACGUUCCAGUGAGCAUGAGCAACAUGUUCGACCCGUACUUGAUGUGCAGCUCACACCACAUUCACGCCAGACGCCGACAAACAGAGCCGACGCAGACAACCACUACUGCAAGCGCAGCCGCACAGAGCGCGCCUUCGACUCCAACAAGACAACCUACUGCUCCUCAACAGCCCCCGUCUCAGCCUAGGCCUCCACCUCCACCAGGGGCUAUCAAUGUUGAUGACAUUUUACGCCGAAGCUUGUUGGACAUAAUUCCUCAUGAUAGUUUUGCUAACUGGAGAAUGCCUACAAUAAACUGGCCGACAGCCCCUGACCAUGAAGCGUCCGUCUUCUCCUCGAUCAUAAACACAGUUACCCAAAACCUCACGCUAGAAGACAUACUGCAGCUGAGCUUUCAGCAGGGAACUCCGCUGAGUCGCAUUCGAACCCCGCUCAGAGAGAUAGUGAACCAACAGCUUAUGAGAGGCGAACCUGUCACCCCUGAAAACACUAACCAGGCUGUGGAAAGAAUUAUGCAUGAGAUUCCUAUAGUCAAUAUGCUACAAACCUGGAAUCAGCUUCGUCCAGGAUUGAAUGUGGCCGAGUCAUUCAGACGAUUCUACAGAGACCAGCUUACAUCAUUUUUGGAACUGAUCAACAACGAUAGCAUCACACCAAACCAGUUUGGGCCCCGUCUUUUGGGAUUCAGUGGUCAAUUUCUGCGCUAUCUCACUUCGCUGACAAUGCUUUUCUGCCGAGACGGUCGCAGGGGCCUGGAGGAAUUCAUCGGAUCGACUGUGAAUCGUCUGAUUCCAAGCCCAAGCACCCCGACGCCAAUGGCUGUUCUGCACGGCCGCAACUCUAUGUCUGCUUACUUCCUCUCCAUGCAGAUUGACACUCCAGCCGUCGAGAGAUUCGUUCAGCGCGUGUCUGCAACUCCAGACCUGACUGCUACCACUCCUGCCGAAAGCCAGACUGCCACUCCUCGCACUGCAGCUGCCGUUGAGGCUAUGGAGUGUGACGAGGAAUUCGUCUUGGCCGCCGAAGAACUACCCACUCAGCAAGUGCUGCCUCCUCCCGAGGAAGUUGAGGAAGGUGCCAUUGUGCUGCCUCCCAUGGGCACAGAUUCAAGUGCCGCCUGCGACGUUGUUGUCGGGGCUGAGGAGUGGCACACAGGACUUGACCCUGACUGGGUGCCUGUGAUCAGCCGAGACAUUCAGCGGCAGCGUAGGCAGCCGGACCAGGCGCCGUUUAGUGACUCUUACUUGUCUGGCAUGUCGAGCAAGCGGCGCAAACUGGUCAGCGGCAGCAAACCGCAGGGCAGCGUCGACCAGGUCAUUGCCAAGUCCGUGGCAACGGCGGCAACUGCCGCCGGCGUUUCGAAUGCUGAACAGCUGGCCAAGGCUGCUUCCUCGGACACAACGUUGCAGGCCGCCUACAAGGAGGAGGUGAAGAAAUCUGUGCAGCAGCAGCUGUCGCUGAACCCAGACUUCUCAGCCGAGCGUCAUCCAAAUGCUAACAAGUAUUUCAAGCCGACGAAGCAGUAGAAUUGAUCAAGGGAAGGAAGAAAAUUUUCAUUUCCAAUUCUUUUCUCACCACCAACUUCACUGCUGUCCAGUCAGUUAAUUUUAUACACUUCUUCAUACUGUUGCGUACUACACAAUUAACCUAAGUAAGCGAGCCUAAGUUAAGCUGGAUUAAUGCACAUGGAAGAAAAAUGCGCAUCUUCUUUCGGGAAAACUUCAUAGUUGUGGUUUUUUUCAUUUUUUUUUCUUUAAAGAAAUUUGGCAAAACUGUCUUGAAUUCUUUGGCUCUUUAUUCUUAAUAGAAACAUUUAAGUUUGCACAUUAUGCUUAAAAUUAUGCUACAGUGUGUGAGGAUGAGUUGGUGCUGAUUGCUGAUAAGCAAUUUUCCACGAUUAAUUGAAUAAUUUGUUCCUAAAAAUUUGAUCUUGAGAGCUCGGAACUAUUUUGAUUGAAUUGGCAGUCAAAUUUGGAAUAGCAAUUUAUACUGAAAGUAAGUUGCAUUAUUUGGCGUGCCUGUUUAUUGUUUGCUUUUUGUUCGCAAAACCAAACUUGUUCCAUCUGUUUGAGAUAUUGAAGUGCGUUUUGAUGUGCGUCUCUUAUCUGUAAAUUCACAUUCAUACUCGUAAUAAAAAUAUAAUAAUAUAUUCAUUAGCUUCUAUACAGUGAACAAAAUUCAGUUUUCUUUUCUACAAAAUAAUUCCCUGGCAAAGAAUUUCGUUAUAUGCAGACCAAUUAAUUCUAAGGCGCCUAAUGUCCAAUUAAAAAUGCACCACAGUUGAUCGGCGCCACGGAAGACAGCGAGACAAAUAGAUGGUGGGACAGAUAAGCGGCGCCCAGUCAACACGUUCCAAACAAUUCGGCCCAAAAAACUCGGCGGGCACCAAAUUUCCUGGCGCCACCACUUGUGUGACACAUUCUUUACAAGGAUGCAUAGUAAACAUCCACUUUUCAUUCAAAACGCUGGUAUAUUUCUUAAAAGAUAAAUCCUUUUCAAUUUUUUUUUCUGAAUUAAAAUACUGCUUCAAUGACUUUACUGAAGAUUAUUGACUAUUUUGACGUUGCUCAGAGACCAGCUUAAAGAAAAUAGGAUUACAGAAGUAUAAUAAGAUGCGCCUUUUUCUUUGACUACAUUGACUGAUUUCUUUUAUCAUUUGCACAGAUGUUCUUUCUCACAAAAAUUCUAAGAGCAGUUGCAAAAAUAUCAGACCCUCAUUUUAUUUUAACUUAUUUUUUAGAGGCUUCAGAAUGAGAUCAAAUUAUAAUUUUUUAACACGUAUGGAGGUUUUGUAUAAAUAUAAUAACUAAUUCGCUUAUUUCCAAUAAUAUAGAAAUUAUGUUACUAACAAAACAAAAAAUAUGCUGUAUAUCAAGAAGGUUAUUAAAUCAAGCAUCCUUUUAAUA